CGCCCGGUGCUCCGCCGCCGGGGCCCGUCUGCCGUAGGCUCGAGCCCACGCCCUAAGGGGUUAAACCUUUCUCAUGUUCCCGAGCGGCUUAUAAGGAGGGGGAGGCCAAGCCUCCGCCUUAUUGGGAGCCUUUUGGGGUUUAUUCUCUUCCCUUCUAACUUGAUCUCAAGCCAGGCACUGUUUCACUCCUCUGCCCCAGCAGCCCUCCUCCUGGGAGUGAAUUUUGAAAGCCUAAUGAAGGAAGGGUGUUGUGAAAACCUCAUUGGAGGGAGCGCUCCCGCCUUCCACCUUAAAUCAGCUGCUUUCCAUGUUGGGGAAUACUGAUGGCAAAACUGUUCUGUUGAUGCUCAGCCUACAUCUCGAGGCAUUUUGCUGGCCUUCCCCCCCCCCACCCCCUUUGCAAGUGCUCUCAGGACAGACACACUGACGCACAUCAAAAUGCAGAGGUCUUUGCUGCAGAGAACAUAAGCUUUUUUAAGCAUCUUAUGCCCUAUUUCAUUCAAUCAAAUAUUUAACAGUUAAGGACAGAAAGUGAGUGCACUGUCCUUUUAGAGACCCAGCUACCGUGGGAACGGCGCGCCAUCGAUAGGAUGAACGCUACUAAGUUGGGUCAGAUUUGCUGCUUUUUAAGAUUUAUGGAGUAAACUCAAAAUAUUAGAUCCUAAUCCCCAAACUUGGCAAGUCUACUGGAGAGAUGAGGUGGUGUCCUCUUAUUUGCCCUGCGUUAUCAGUGAAACCUGCCUCAGUACUUGAACACGACAAGUUACGGCCAGGAAAAGACACCCACACAUCCUGAAAAUUCACAUGUAUACAACUGUAUGGUUGGAGAGAAUUUUUUUUUACCCCAUUUUAUUUAUUUGAGAGAGAGAGAGAGCAUGGGGUGGGAGGAGAGGCAGAUGGAGAGGGAGAAGCAUGCCCACAGGGCUCGAUCCCAGGACCCUGGGGAUCAUGACCUGAGCCAAAGGGAGACACUUAACCGACUGAGCCACCCAGGCACCUGGUUGGAGAGAAUUCUUAAAUUCAAGUGUUCCAAGACCAUGGACUCAUGUAUUAUUUUAGAUAUUAGUGGGAAGAUUCAAGUUCACCCAUCCUCCCUCUGGUGUUAAAUACAGCAUUUCGCCUUACUAGUGGUGUUACAGGCACAGAUUAAGAAUGACCCAAAAGACAUCACAGCUUUGUUCCAGAGCCAAUGUUUAUACUCAAGUGCCUGAUGGAGGAUGGGGCUGGGUGGUAGCUGUGUCUUUUUUCUUCGUUGAAGUCUUUACCUACGGCAUCAUCAAGUCAUUUGGCGUCUUCUUUAAUGACUUAAUGGACAGUUUUGAUGAAUCUAAUAGCAGGAUUUCGUGGGUCAUAUCAAUAUGUGUAUUUGUCUUGACAUUUACAGCUCCCCUGUCUGCUGUCCUGAGCACUCGUUUCGGACACCGUCUGGUGGUGGUGGCUGGGGGCCUGCUUGUCAGCACGGGAAUGGUGAUGGCCUCCUUCUCCCGGGAGCUGUACCACAUGUACAUCUCAAUUGGCAUCAUAUCCGGUUUGGGAUACUGCUUUAGCUUCCUACCAACUGUCACCAUUUUAUCUCAGUACUUUGACAAAAGGCGCUCCAUGGUCACUGCCGUUGCUUCCACGGGAGAAUGUUUUGCGAUGUUUGCUUUCGCCCCAGCAAUCACGGCUCUGAAAGACCACAUUGGCUGGAGAUACAGUCUCCUCUUCGUGGGCCUGCUGCAGCUGAACAUCAUCGUCUGCGGCGCGCUGCUGAGGCCGAUCAUCAUCCGAGGACCAGGGUCCCCGAAAGCAACCGUGCACGAACAUCGGAGAGAAGUGCAAUAUAUGCUCGAAAAUGAGAAAACACGCACCUCAAUCGAUUCCAUUGACUCAGGAGUAGAACUAACUACCUCACCGAAGAAUGUGCCUAGCCAAGCCAACGUAGAACUGGAGCCGAAGGCCGACAUGCAGCAGAUCCAGGUGAAGACCAGCUCCAAGCCAAGUGAUAAGAAAGCCCCCUUACUGGACUUCUCAAUCUUGAAAGACAAGAGUUUCAUUUGUUAUGCAUUAUUUGGUCUUUUUGCAACACUGGGGUUCUUUGCACCUUCCUUGUACAUCAUUCCCUUGGGCAUCAGCCUGGGCAUUGAGCAGGAGCGCGCCGCUUUCUUGCUAUCCGCAAUGGCAAUCGCUGAAGUUUUUGGGCGGAUCGGAGCUGGCUGUGUCCUCAACAGAGAGCCCAUCCGCAAGAUCUACAUCGAGCUCAUCUGCGUCAUCUCGUUGAUGGUGUCUCUGUUUGCCUUUACUUUCGCGACCGAAUUCUGGGGUCUGAUGUCAUGUAGCAUCUUUUUUGGUUUCAUGGUUGGGACCGUCGGGGGGACCCAUAUACCACUGCUGGCCGAGGACGAUGUCGUGGGAAUCGAGAAGAUGUCUUCUGCUGCAGGAGUGUAUGUCUUCAUCCAGAGUAUAGCGGGACUGGCCGGACCACCCCUUGCAGGUCUGCUGGUGGACCAGAGUAAGAUUUACAGCCGAGCCUUCUACUCCUGUGCAGCUGGCAUGUGUGUGGCUGCCGUGUGCCUCGCGCUUGUGAGACCUUGUAAGAAGGGACUGUGCCAGCCUCAUCCUGCAGGGGAAGCACAGGUGGAGAAUCCUCGUGGAAAAGCUUUACAAGACAUACCUGAAGACUUUCUAGAAAUGGACCUUGGGAAAAAUGAGCAUAAAGUUCAAGUGAAACUGGAGCCAGUAUGACACGCUUUCAAUUAAGGACGGCCACCCUGUUGGCUGGAAGGUGGGCGGACGGGGGGCAAGGGAGGUACAGGGGCUAUCCACUCUACCCACACUUCAAUCUACAUUUUAAAGGGAAUGUACAUGUGAGCACUACCAACAUCCUUUUUUUUUUCUUUUUUAAGUUUUUCUUUUUUGCUUGUUUCUUAAGCCAAAACAAAAACAACCCAGCAUUCUUCUGUACCUAAAUCUGGUUGUAUUCAGUAGCAACACAGAGAUACAAAGAAGGACCCUGUGGUUCACAUUCCGAUUUUAAAAUAGUGACGUGAAUUGGUGAAGUGGUUUUAAGAGCUCUCACGUGUGAUAAACAACUAUCUUACAAAAUGACAGCCAGCCCAGAUCAUUGAAAUGAAAUUGGCCACUCCAGACAAACAAACAAACAAACAAACAAACAAAAAACUUAAGUCACUUUUAAAAUUUCUCAUUUUCAGAAAUAGGAACAAAUUGUUUAAAACCCCUUGGAAAACACUGAGGUCUCCAUUCACCAACUGUGGCCUCUCAGUGUGUCAGAUAUUCCGUGGGAAUGAAGUACAGUCCAAGACCAAACAUUUGGCUAAUAAACAGAAAUUUUUUAAAAAGAUACAUAACUUGAACUUCAUAAAUGUGAAGAUUACCACUUCUUUUUAUGGCCAGUCAUUACCAGAAGUAUUUCAACACAGAAUAUAGAGAAUGACAUUCGAAAAUGUGUUUCCUAUUGCUUUUAAUUAUUCAGAAAUAUGUGACUGUAGUGUCUUUAAUUUAAACCACUAUUUAUUAUUAAGUUAUUCUAGGAUGAUUAAUCAAAAGAAAUAAAAUCCAAGACCUAAGCAUCAUUUUUACCUCCUUUUUGCAAUCCUUUAAAUGCCUCAAAGAAUACUUCUUAUCUUGUAAAGCUACUCUCAUCAGAGGGCCAGGUUGUAAUGAUUCUUCAAUUUGAUUAAAAGCCACAUGUGCUAUUUGAAGGGGAAAAAAGUAAUCGCCUUAGCUUUUUAAAAAUAUUUUGUUUUAUCACCUAAGAAUACUUGAGGAUCUCCUUUGAUCGGAAUUAUAUUUCAUUGAAUUGUUGAAGCAUUUCUGACUUUCUUUUUUUUAACAGCUAAUUGUUGAAGCAUUUCUGUAUUUCACAUGGGGUAGCAGAGACAUGUAUUUUACCAUCCUAAGUUAUAAGUUGCGAUUUACAUCUUACAUAAACCUCGACUGCUCUAAGUUGCCAGAGUUAUCAGGUAGCUUAGUCGCUGUUGGGGUUUUUUGUUUGUUUGUUUUUGGAGUUACACUACAUGUAUAGUAUUUCUCAUGUUAUCAUUUUUCUGUAAAGAGAGCAAGUGUGGGCUACUUAUAUGUACUGAAUCUCAUUCUACAGGUGAUGGUCGCUCGCUGCUCCAUCUUUUAUUCAUCUUUACUGUUAAUUUAUGACAACUCAGGGGGAAAAAAUAUAACAAGCCUAGUUUGGUUACAGGUACACACAAGCUUGAAUAUUUCUCUGCACUGAAAUGAAAGUGGCAUAGUUCAUCACCACCUGCUACAUUUUGUAUAGCAUUUAUCAGCCAUAGAAAUAGGACAAUCUGUAAAACUUUGGGGGUUGGGGGAGAAAAUGACAAAGUGUCCGUCGAAAACAGACACACCUAACACAAGGUGGAUGUAGCAAAUCUCUGUCACUGCUUGAGAAGGACUUUGAGCUUGUGGCAGUUUUGCAGACUUACAUGACUUCAGCACUUUACAACAUUUUUUACUAUGAAUGUUCAAUACAAUUUAAUAUUUAUAACUGAUUUCUGAGCAAUCUGCUCAAGGUCCAUUCUGUUAACUGCAUGAAAAAAAAAUGUAUGCCAAUUUGAGUAUGUCGAUAAUCAGGUUUUAAAUGUUUGGAAGAAAAUUAAAACAGGAUUGCUGAUUUGUUCUGUAUUUGUGACAUUCUGGUACUUCUAGAUUUGCAAUAAAUGUAUGGCUUUUUUA